AUGGAUCUCUCUAAAAAAGCUGGGCUAUCUUGGGCCGCGGCGGCAGCUCCGGCGAGCGAUACGCCCUCCGCCUCGAUUCGGCGGAUGCCGAUCGACGUCGAGCACCUGAAGGGCCUGCAUGAGCUGAAGCAAUCGGGUGCGCUGACGUCGGCAGAGUUUCAGAAGGCCAAGGACCAAGCCAUCGAAGUCAAAGCUCCUCCGACCGACUUCGAACUGGCCGACGCCAAUGGCGAUGGCGUGAUCACGCCGGAGGAAAUGGCUGAGUACAUGGCCAAGAAGGCGCAGGCAAGCAACUUGGCCGAAACCGUACAGGGUGUGCCAGUCUCUUCAAGCCCAUACGUCGACGCGCCACCGCUCGGACUUCCGGUUGCACCAAACGCACCAGCCAUGGAGCGUGAGAUGCCAAAGGGCGCGGACAUGCUGAUCACAAUCAACAAGCCCUGUGGCGCUAAGCUGGGCAUCGACAUUAUCAUGAUCGCGUCGAACGCCACCGUCAAAAGGUGCCUCCCUGGAAGUAUCAGUGAGGCAUCCGGGCUCCAGGAGGGAGACGUGAUCCAGACGAUCAAUGGCCAGGCGGUCACAGACCAGCAUGACGCCACGGCAAAGCUCGGCGCGGCGUCCGGUGAGAUCGAGGUCGCGAUCUACCGAGGCUCUCCCUCUGGCACGGCCACGGGUUCACCCUCCGGCGGCUCUGACAACGAGUGCAAUUCAUGGGAAACCGGCAAGUGUGUGGGGAAGGUGAUAGGCUGUGUGCUUUGCACCGCCCUUUCAGUGCUGGUCGGCAUGGCCAGCUCACUCUGA